CACACACAAGUCAGUGAUAAUUCUGAAAUUUCUGAAAAAAUUCUCCACUUCGAAAUAUGAUGCAUGAACAGCAACAACAGAAUUUGAAUUCCAAUCCAUUUUCAAUAUCAUCAUUAUUAAAACGUAAAGAUGAUGAUCGUGAUCAUUCAAGACUUGAAUUAUCUCAACAACAACCAGGUGGUAAUGAUGAAUUAAAUCCAAUUCCAAUUGCUCGAUUAAUUGAAUCAACAACAACGACGACAGGGUUAAAUGAAACAAUAAUUAAUGAUAAUACAUCAUCAUUGAAUUCUAUCGCCAUAUCCGAUCGAACAUCAUCGGUUCAUUCUCAUCAUCAUCAUCAUCAGUUACAAUCAAUUAUAUCUCAUGAUGAUUUCAACAUUGCAAUACAAGCUGCUGCUGAACAAUUUUAUUCAAAUUUUCAUUCAUGGAUUCAUCAUCGAUCAACGGCAACAACAGCGAUUCCGGUAAUGGUAAAUCACAACGAUCAUCAUCAUCAUCAAACACAAACAUUACCACCAACAUCUACAUCAAUAGUUGAUCAUCAUCAAAAUCUUUUGGAAAUGUAUCACCAAUACAUGUUAUCAUCAUCAUCGUCAUCGUCAUUGUAUAAUAGUCAAAAAUUCCUUAUGAAUAAUGAUAAUCGAUUAUUAAAAAAUUGUAAUUUAUUGAGAAAAUUUCACAUUUUCAAUGAACAAAAUUCUUCACCACAACAACAACAACCACAGCAACAAUCGUUGGAAUUGAAAGCUGAGAAUAUGACGACAACAUCAUCAUCAUUAUCAAUAAAAGAUAUGACCACCGAUUUUAAUCAUCGAAAUCAAUCGACCAGUGGCCGACAUUGUAUGAAUAAUAAUAAAAUUCGUCCAUCGUUAGAAUCACAUAAUAGUAAUAAUAAUCUAAAUAAUCAAUUGAAUAAACCGAAAACGAAAAAGAAACGAUCAAGGGCAGCAUUUUCACAUGCACAGGUUUAUGAAUUGGAAAAACGUUUUAAUCAUCAAAAAUAUCUAAGCGGACCGGAACGUUCGGAAUUGGCGAGAACAUUAAAAUUGACUGAAACACAAGUAAAAAUAUGGUAA